AUGAAGUCGAAGCUCUCAAAGCUGAAGCCUGUUUUCCGCAAAGGAGGUACUGUCACUGCCGCAACAUCGAGCGGCUUGACGGACGGCGGAAGCGCAAUGCUGGUGAUGUCUGAGGAGAAAGCAAAGAAACUGGGUUUUCCGACGGACGUCACGGUGAAGAGCUGGCAUUUCUCUGGCAUCGAUCCGUAUCCUCAACUCUUGCUUGCACCUGUUCUUGGCUGGGGUCCAGCUUUGAAAAAGGCUGGGCUGUCGCCGAAAGAUAUCGACCUUUUUGAGGUGCACGAGGCAUUCGCAGCGCAGGUUCUCGCGACUCUCAAGUGUCUCAAGUCACAAGAGUUUUUCGACAAGUAUGCCAACGGCAACAAGGCAGUUCUUUCCGAGGACAUCGAUCCCUCUAAGCUGAACGUCAAUGGGAGCUCACUGGCUUUCGGUCACCCAUUUGCUGCGACCGGUGGCCGUAUUGUGACUUCAUUGGCAAAUGAACUUCGCCGCACUGGCAAGCGAAACGGCCUCGUCAGCAUUUGUGCUGCAGGUGGUCUCGGUGGUGUUGCCGUUCUGGAGCACACACCGAGUAAAUGA